AUGACAGUCAAGCCCACUGCCAACGGCAAAUUUCUAAUAACUCCUCAGCUGGAGAAGGGCAAAGUGUGUCUUUCGCGUGAAGAUGACCAACUUCUGCACUUCCAGUGGGUUGGCCGCCAGAACGGCGCAAGUCCAGAGGACUUUAUCAUCUUCCUGGACGACGCGCACUUUGCCAAGAUAGACACAGGGCGCUCCAACGACCGCAAUAAGGACGCGUCGCGCGAUGAGGAUCUCGUCAAGAAGGUGAACGAUUGUAUGAACAACGCCCAGGCAGCCUCCAGUAGCGAUGGCAGCCGCGGAUCUGGCAACAACGUGCAGCUGGACCACAACGCCAUCAUGCAGAUGCUUGGUGCCAUGGGCGCAGUCACACCCACCCCAACCUGA